CUACGGUUGCGGAAACACUCAGUGGGGUAGCAGGUGUCCCUAAAGGUGGAGAUAUACUCGGAGGGGCAGCAGGUGUCCCCUUAGGUGGAGAUCCAGUCAGUGGAGGAGUAGGCAUCCUUAUAGGUGGAAACACACUCAGUGGGGUAGCAGGUGUCCCUAUAGGAGGAGAUGUACUUGAUGGUGGAUUAGGUGUCCCUAUAGGUGGAGAGACACUCAGUGGGGUAGCAGGUGUCCCUACGGUUGGGGACACACUCAGUGCGGUAGCAGGUGUCCCUAUAGGAGGAGAUGUACUUGAUGGUGGAUUAGGUGUCCCUACAGGUGGAGAAACACUCAGUGGGGUAGCAGGUGUCCCUACAGUUGGGGAUACACUCAGUGGGGUAGCAGGUGUCCCUAAAGGUGGAGAUCCACUCAGUGGGGGAGUAGGCAUCCCUAUACGUGGAGAAACACUCAGUGGGGUAGCAGGUGUCCCUAUAGGAGGAGAUGUACUUGGUGGUGGAGUAGGUGUCCCUAUAGGUGGAGAAACACUCAGUGGGGUAGCUGGUGUCCCUACGGUUGGGGACACACUCAGUGGGGUAGCAGAUCUCCCUAUAGGUGGAGACACACUCAGUGGGGUAGCAGGUGUCCCUAUAGGAGGAGCGAUACUUGAUGGUGGAGCAGGUGUCCCUAUAGGUGGAGAUAUACUCGGAGGGGCAGCAGGUGUCCCCUUACGUGGAGAUCCACUCAGUGGAGGAGUAGGCAUCCCUAUAGGUGGAAACACACUCAGUGGGGUAGCAGGUGUCCCUAUAGGAGGAGAUGUACUUGAUGGUGUAGCAGGUGUCCCUACGGUUGCGGAAACACUCAGUGGGGUAGCAGGUCUCCCUAUAGGUGGAGACACACUCAGUGGGGUAGAAGGUGUCCCUACGGUUGGGGACACACUCAGUGCGGUAGCAGGUGUCCCUAUAGGAGGAGAUGUACUUGAUGGUGGGGUAGGUGUCCCUAUAGGUGGAGAAACACUCAGUGGGGUAGCAGGUGUCCCUACAGUUGGGGAUACACUCAGUGGGGUAGCAGGUGUUCCUAAAGGUGGAGAUCCUCUCAGUGGGGUAGCAGGUGUCCCUAUACUUGAUGGCGGAGUAGUUGUCCCUAUAGGUGGAGAGACACUCAGUGGGGUAGCAGAUCUCCCUAUAGGUGGAGAGACAGUCAGUGGGGUAGCAGAUCUCCCUAUAGGUGGAGAGACACUCAUUGGUGUAGCAGGUCUCCCUAUAGGAGGAGAUGUACUUGAUGGUGGAGUAGGUGUCCCUAUAGGUGGAGAGACACUCAGUGGGGUAGCAGGUGUCCCUACAGUUGGGGAUACACUCAGUGGGGUAGCAGGUGUCCCUAUAGGAGGAGAUGUACUUGGUGGUGGAGUAGGUGUCCCUAUAGGUGGAGAAACACUCAGUGGGGUAGCUGGUGUCCCUACGGUUGGGGACACACUCAGUGGGGUAGCAGAUCUCCCUAUAGGUGGAGACACACUCAGUGGGGUAGCAGGUGUCCCUAUAGGAGGAGCGAUACUUGAUGGUGGAGCAGGUGUCCCUAUAGGUGGAGAAACACUCAGUGGGGUAGCAGGUCUCCCUAUAGGUGGAGACACACUAGGUGGGGUAGCAGGUGUUCCUAUAGGAGGAGAUGUACUUGAUGAUGGAGUAGGUGUCCCUAUAGGUGGAGACACACUCAGUGGGGUAGCAGGUGUCCCUACGGUUGCGGAAACACUCAGUGGGGAAGCAGGUGUCCCUACGGUUGUGGAAACACUCAGUGGGGUAGCAGGUCUCCCUACAGUUGGGGAUACACUCAGUGGGGUAGCAGGUGUCCCUAAAGGUGGAGAUAUACUCGGAGGGGCAGCAGGUGUCCCCUUACGUGGAGAUCCACUCAGUGGAGGAGUAGGCAUCCCUAUAGGUGGAAACACACUCAGUGGGGUAGCAGGUGUCCCUAUAGGAGGAGAUGUACUUGAUGGUGUAGCAGGUGUCCCUACGGUUGCGGAAACACUCAGUGGGGUAGCAGGUCUCCCUAUAGGUGGAGACACACUCAGUGGGGUAGAAGGUGUCCCUACGGUUGGGGACACACUCAGUGCGGUAGCAGGUGUCCCUAUAGGAGGAGAUGUACUUGAUGGUGGGGUAGGUGUCCCUAUAGGUGGAGAAACACUCAGUGGGGUAGCAGGUGUCCCUACAGUUGGGGAUACACUCAGUGGGGUAGCAGGUGUUCCUAAAGGUGGAGAUCCUCUCAGUGGGGUAGCAGGUGUCCCUAUACUUGAUGGCGGAGUAGUUGUCCCUAUAGGUGGAGAGACACUCAGUGGGGUAGCAGAUCUCCCUAUAGGUGGAGAGACAGUCAGUGGGGUAGCAGAUCUCCCUAUAGGUGGAGAGACACUCAUUGGUGUAGCAGGUCUCCCUAUAGGAGGAGAUGUACUUGAUGGUGGAGUAGGUGUCCCUAUAGGUGGAGAGACACUCAGUGGGGUAGCAGGUGUCCCUACAGUUGGGGAUACACUCAGUGGGGUAGCAGGUGUCCCUAAAGGUGGAGAUGUACUUGGAGGGGCAGCAGGUGUCCCCUUAGGUGGAGAUCCACUCAGUGGGGGAGUAGGCAUCCCUAUAGGUGGAAACACACUCAGUGGGGUAGCAGGUGUCCCUAUAGGAGGAGAUGUACUUGACGGUGGAGUAGGUGUCCCUAUAGGUGGAGACACACUCAGUGGGGUAGCCGUUGUCCCAACAGAUGGAGAUGUACUCGGAGGGAUAGCAGGUGUCCCUAUAGGUGGGGAUCCUCUCAGUGGGGUAGCAGGUGUCCCUAUAGGAGGAGCGAUACUUGACGGUGGAGUAGGUGUCCCUGUAGUUGGAGAUGUACUCGGAGGGGCAGUAGGUGUCCCCUUAGGUGGAGAUCCACUCAGUGGGGGACUAGGCAUCCCUAUAGGUGGAGACACACUCAGUGGGGUAGCAAGUGUCCCUACAGUAGGGGAUACACUCAGUGGAGGAUCAGGGCUCCCUAUAGGUAGAGAAACACUCAGUGGGGUAGUAGGUGUCCCUACAGUUGGAGAUACACUCAGUGGGGUAGCAGGUGUCCCUGUAGGUGGAGACACACUCAGUGGGGUAGCAGGUGUCCCUAUAGUAGGGGAUACACUCAGUGGAGGAUCAGGGCUCCCUAGAGGUGGAGACACAUUUAGUGGGGUAGCAGGUGUCCCUACGGUUGGGGAUACACUCAGUGGGGUAGCAGGUGUCCCUACGGUUGGGGAUACACUCAGUGGGGUAGCAGGUGUCCCUGUAGGUGGAGAUAUACUCAGUGGGGGAGCAGGUGUCCCUAUAUGUGGUGGUCCUCUCAGUGGGGGAGUAGGUAUCUCUAUAGGUGAAGGUACGCUGGAUGGGGGAGCAGGUGUCCCCAUAGGUGGAGAUUCAGUCAGUGCUGUAGCCAGUGUCCCUAUAGAUGAAGGUGUGUUGGGAGAGAGAUCAGGGGCCCCUGUAGGUGGAGAUCUGCUCAGUGCGGGAACAGAUGUCACUCUCGAGGGAGGGACGCUCAGUGUGACAGCAGGCCUCCCCGUCGGUGGAGGUUUGUCUGUGGGAGAAGAUCUGCCUGUCUUUGGAGAUUCGCUUCUUAGGAGAUAUCAGAGAGCUGUCCCACCUGCUGGAGACCUACCUGUCACGGGACCAAUUCCCGGGCGAGACAUCGGCAGUGCAGGCCUGCUGGGCGCCGAGCUAACCAAAGUGGUAGGGCUGAGAAUCGAGGAAGUCACUGCCCCUAACGUAACAGUGGACGUCUUAUCUAACAGUGUAUUGGAAAUUACCUUAAAAUUGAAACUACACAUUGCAGUUAAGAGUCCCCUUGACCUCUUAGGUGAAAUAAUUGAAAUUGAAGUGCUCAAGAACGUCACCAUUGCAAUCAGAAGGGGAGAUACCAGCCUUGUCCUUGAGGACUGCAAAACCCCUCUUGGUUACAUGGACAUCAAAGUUCUGGAAGCAUCUUCCCUGCCAUUGGAGAAUGAAAUCCUGACCCUCGUAACGUGUGUCCUGGACAGAACCCUGCCUCAGAUCCUGCAAAAGAUUCUGUGCCCAGUGAUAAAUGCUGUCGUGUCCAGCUUGUAUGACGCAUCCUUAAGCACAGCAAGACGUGCGAUAUCCCCUCCUGCAGGAAACAGCCCAUCUUCCGUCUUUAAAAUGUCGUUUGACCCUGGCGUCAUCGUGCUAGAACUGACCGGUCGCAGUCUUAUUGAACGAAUACUGCCUCUGCUUCCCGAAAAUACCACCGAGAAUGCUGCCCUGCUGCCUGUCCCCCAAGGCUGAGCCUCAGUACCAGGGCCACCAUGUCUGGAGACUGCUGAGCUGUGUUUGUCCUGUUGCCUUAACAUCGACUUAAGCCUUUCACGCUUCCAAAAUGUUCCGCUGUUAUGAACCCUUAAGGGUAUUUCUUGAAAACAAACAUGCUUCUUUAUCUUUUGAAUCUUUGGAAAUGUAUGCUAAAUGUGAUCAUGAAUUCUAUUCUGGUGUUUGAUCCUAUGAAUUGUCUAUAUAAAAUUACAGCAUCAACUUCUACCCUGAACAGUAAAUUGUCAUAUCAUGGAUGACGAUACAGUAUUUCUCCUUCAAUAAAGAGGC